AUGGGCAAUGCAGAUUUUUUAAGCCGUUGUCCGGUAGAACCACCAUUAGCGGAAAAAGGACCCCAGGACAUUUUGAUGUUGGAAAUUUCGGCAAAAUCAUUGGUUAGCGCACAACAAAUCGCAUCACAAACGGCCAAAGACAACUGGGUGUUAAGGGGAUGGUCAGGCCAACAAUCGGAUAAAGAAAAACAAUUGCAUCAGUUCUACAUCCGACGGAACGAACUCUCUGCCAUAAGAGGAGUUCUGGUAUGGGGGAAUAGAGCGGUGAUUCCACCCAAACUUCGCGAAUCAAUUCUACAAGCACUUCAUGCCCCACAUCCCGGCAUUGUAAAGAUGAAGUUGAUAGCGCGCAGCUACGUAUGGUGGCCCAACAUGGAUGACGACAUCGAGGUCGUUGUUAAAAAAUGUGGGGUUUGUCAGCAAAACCGUAAUGAAGAACCAAAAACCGAAACUCACCACUGGGAACUAGCAAGAGGACCAUGGUCGCGCCUGCACAUAGAUCAUGCCGGUCCAUUUCAAGGGAGAACAUAUUUCUUAGUCGUCGACUCAUUCUCUAAAUGGCUAGAGGUCGCAGUAGUUCCUUUAACAGCGGCGGGGCCGGCCGUCAAGUUCCUCAGGCAACUAUCAGCCACCCAUGGGUUACCCGACGAGAUUGUAUCAGACAACGGAUUGCUAAUGAACCGGCACCUUAAGACUUAUUUCGACAAGCUGCAACCUCAAGAGAUACGGUUUGAUAAGGAUAAUAGUUCUACGAAUUCCAAACAUUUCAUUCCAGGCGAUUCGGUUUGGGUACGAAACUACGCUACGGGACCGAAGUGGAUCACCGGUGAAAUCGGAGUCCGAACAGGACCGAUCUCAUAUACCGUGCGAUUGGAAGAUAAUCGCGUAAUCAGAAGGCAUCAGGAUCAACUUCGUAGUCGUUUACCACAAUCUAACCAGUCUACCGAAGACGAAGAUACCCCGAGCCGACCGAUCCAGAGGAGCCAGCUUUAA